AUGCGAGCAGGUGUAUUAGCUAAUAAUAAUAAUAAUAAUUGGGAGUACGCAGGGGUUUUAAGAAGGAUAAAAAAAAAUAGUCAUCCAGAGGGUGAAAUACAGGAAUUUUGCCAGGAUGUGGAAAGUUUCGAUCAUCGUGAGAAUCUCGCGGGAUCCCGGUUCGAUAUCCAAAGGGCAGUUAAACUCAUCGGUUUCAUUCAUUCUUCGAAUGCACCACCACCACCACCACCGCUGAUAUUCUCAUCUGUACAUUCGACAAUGGGUGAGGAACGUGCGGUGACGCGUGGCCUACAGGUGAGGAGGAUACACACACACACACACCAACUUUAUCAUCAUCCUUUCAAUAAAAGGAACCGUCUUGAAGUUAAAAAAAAAACCCUCGAUAAUUUUGGAAAAAAAAAUAUGGCGGCGAUAAAAAUAAAACGGCCGAAAAUCGACGUGAGGUCAAAGAGGGAUAAAACAAACGUGGUAGUAGCAUUGGUGGUGGUGGUAGUAGGGGUAGUAGCAGCAUGUAAAGGUGGCGAGCAAAGAAAUUAUAAAAAUUUUCGUGAUAACGACACGAAAAAUAAUUUAUUACGUAAUAACUAA